AUCUGCGACUGCUUCGACCUCCACGACACCGAGGACUGUCCCACCCAAAUGCAGAUGCCUGACACCCCCCCACACACGACCUACCACGGCAACAAGCACGAAGAGCGGCCGUACUGCGACAUCUGCGAGGUCUUUGGCCACUGGACAGAGUCCUGCACUGACGACCAGACCUUUUAAAGCCUUUACAAGCCUCAAACGCACAAUCCGUAUAUUUGCACAUCCUACUUGUUCUGCUAGGCUUUUGCUGGCUUGGUUUGUUUGCGUCCAUCGUCUAUGCUUCCCCUCAAGCGCUCUUAAAGAAGACGCGUCUUCUUAAAAUCUUUCCAGGCCUCCCGAACAAUCGUGCAGAUGUGUUUGUAAUUGAGUUGCUUUGAAAGGAACAUUUGUGUCCUUGGUUUGUGCGCGUGUGAGAUCGGCGUCUUUGUCUGCAUUAUAUUCGGUUUGCACAGCAUGUCUGGAGUCACAAAGACGCUCAAUGAUCAGAAAUGUGUUAAUCUAAAGAUGUACAAUAUUUGAUAGGAAAGGUCAAAUCAGUUUGUGCAAAAAUUGGUGGAGAAUAAAUUAUUUUUUUAUGCCUUGAAGAAGUAUUUACGAUUUGAAAGGGUUUGAUAUUGUUUGUAACUCUGUGGGGAGAUUUGCUCAGCCUCGUUUAGGGAGGCGUGGCGAAACCCAGUGCUGCUUGGCUUUAACGACAACUUUUUUAAAUGGUCUUCUUGAAGAACUUGCUGUAAUAUUUGUCAGAAAGAACACGGUUACUGUAAACCUCACAGUUCCAGUUAGAUGGCCUUUUACAGAGUUUGUUGUUUAAAAAUGAUUUCUAUUUGAAACAAUGAAAUGUUUUGCCAUUUCUCUGAACACAUUUUGAAUAUAUAUGUAUAAAAUAAAAGUUUAUUGAAUUAGAAAAA